AUGAGGUUCCUAGUACUACUUCUUGUGUUGUCAACAACACAGGUUUUCGCUCCUUCAUCAAAAAGUAAUAAUUAUCCCAUAGCCAAACCCAACUGCGAUGACCAUUGUGGGAACGUAAGCCUCCCAUUUCCCUUUGGUUUAACGAAAGAUUGUUAUCUAAACGAAGAUUUCUUCAUCAAUUGCAGCACGGGAAUUGAUGGCUCUCCUAAGCCGUUGUUAAGGCACAGUGAUAUAGAGGUGAGAUCAGUUUCAGUUGAAGGGCAGUUAACCGUUAUGAAGGGCAUAGCUCGAAAGUGUCAUGAAGAGUUCAGAGCAUUUUUCAGGCCACUGGAUAAGGAUGUCUCAUCCGACGUGGCAUGGAUCACCUUAAGUAAAUUCUACGUUAACCAGACCGCCAACAAGUUCGUGGCCGUGGGUUGCAACACUAUUGCCACUGUUUCGGGGUACGAGGAUGAACGGUCGUACGAGACUGGUUGUAUUGCGUCCUGUAACCGCUUCGGGGAUGUCGUGAACGGGACUUGCUCGGGGAUUGGGUGUUGUCAGAUGACAGAUAUUCCUAUCUUGGCUAAGAACGUUAAUUUUACGUUGGAUAGCAUGGCGGCAAAUCGGAACACGGAAGGUGUUGUUAAUUGUAGCUAUGCUUUCGUGGUGAAAAAGGAUGAGUUCGAUUUCUCCAGCGAUAUACUUACUAGAAAGUGGGAAGUGGAGAAACUUCCGAUAGUGAUUGACUGGAUUGUCUCCAACGAUACGUGCAGUAAUUCUAGGAGUACUUGCCAAGGUAACACCACCUGUGUCCCUUUUGAAGGUCCGGAUGGUGGAUACAGAUGCGCUUGUGAGAAGGGUUAUGAAGGGAAUCCAUAUCUCCAUCCAGGUUGCCUAGAUUUCUUGUUUAUUGAUGGCUCUGCAGAUAUUGAUGAAUGUGUAAAUGGACAGAACAAUUGUUCUGAAAACGCUACUUGCAAGAAUAAACCAGGAGGUUUUUUGUGUCAUUGCAAGGAAGGUUACCGUGAAGAUGGGAAAGGUGGUUGCCAAUUACCUAGUAAAGAUGGAAACAAAGUGAACGGGAUUGUUUUGGGUGUUUCUUUAGGGACUACAACCUUGUUGAUGAGUAGUUUUUGUGUGUACUUGGGAUAUCAAUGGAGGAAAUCAGUACAAAUGAAAGAGAAAUUCUUUAGGGAAAAUGGAGGAUUGAUUCUACAACAAAAGAUUGCCCAUGGCACUGCAUCUUCUAGAACAACAAGAAUUUUCACAGCUGAAGAGCUUAAAAAAGCAACCAACAACUAUGACCAAACUAGAAUCAUUGGUGAAGGAGGUUUUGGCAUUGUUUACCGAGGACACCUUCUUGAUGGCCAAACAGUAGCGGUUAAAAAACCCAAAAUGAUGGACCCAACCCAGGUCAACCAGUUCAUCAAUGAGGUAAUUGUGCUAUCUCAAAUUAAUCAUAGAAACAUAGUCAAACUCUUUGGUUGUUGUUUAGAGACAGAAGUUCCAUUGCUGGUUUAUGAGUUCAUAAAUAAUGGAACAUUUUCUGAGCAUCUACAUGAUAAAAACAAGGCAUCUAAGAUACCAUGGUCGAUCCGUUUAAGAAUAGCUACAGAAACAGCUGAGGUCCUCUCUUAUUUGCACACUGCAGCUUCUCCUCCCAUUAUCCAUAGAGAUGUUAAACCCGCAAAUAUUCUCCUGGAUAAUGACUACACUGCUAGGGUAUCUGAUUUUGGUACAUCAAGAUUAGUUCUGCAAGAUCAAACUCAAUUGAUAACUAUGGUACAAGGAACACUGGGUUAUCUUGACCCAGAAUACAUGCAAACCCACCAAUUAACAGAAAAGAGUGAUGUUUACAGCUUCGGAGUUGUUCUGGUGGAGUUGUUAACAGGUAGGAGGGCAAUAUUUUACAAUGGUCCAGAGGAGGAGAGAAAUCUAUCACUAUAUUUCCUUUCCUCGCUCAAAGAGAAUCGACUAUUCAGGAUUUUUGAUGACAACGUUGUAUGCGAGGAAAACACUGAAGAGUUAAUGGAGGUUUGCUUGCUUGCAGAGAGGUGUUUAAAUGUCAAGGGGGAAGAUAGGCCAACAAUGAAGGAAGUUGCAAUAGAACUAGGUCGAUUAAUGAGAGCAUCAAAACAUCCUUGGGUUAAUCAUUCAGAAACUAAUAUGGAAUCACAAGCUCCACUUAUUGAGCCACCUAUCUCCUUCGGCUAUGAUGCUCCUUUUAGUAUAACAACUGCGUAUGAUAGUUUAAAACAUCAUAUGGAAUUAUCAGUAGCUUCUGGAAGAUAA